AUGAAUAUUGUGUCAACUUCAUCGACCACGACUACGAUUGCUGAAACCCUCGCAAGUUCCUCUGUGUCUACCACCACCGACUCGACGACCAGCUUCACCACCACCAUCACGUCGACAACCACAAGUACCGUCACUGUGAGCAUGACGUCUUCUUCGGCCGAUGCUUGUGCUCUCAAUGCUGCAACCACAGGUCUUCCCAUGACCACAUCGACGGCGCCAUUUGGCAACUCUACCACGGUCGCUUUGAACACUACCACCUCGACCUUGUCCGUGACAAAUGUGUCCACAACGAACCCUGCUUCUGUCUCUGUUCCGAUCAAUGCGACAGUGCCUACGAAGAGCAUUGUCCCUCCUAUCAAUGGGUUCACCGGUGAUGCCACGGAUCUGAAAGGUCAAUCUUCAAUAUCUCUAUUCGCUCUUGGUUCCUUGGUAUUUAUGGCUGCGCUGUUGACUUAG